AUGGGUUUUUCAUCAUGGAUUCUGCCAGUAGCUUUGCUGUCAAUGGGCGUCGCAGCCUUCUACCCGUGCGAGUAUACAACUCAUGGCAUGCUUCCCAAUUCACAAUCAACCAAAGUGGACCUGAAAGAGAGGUUCUUCCCAUAUGUCCUCAGUGAGAAGAAUAAAGAUGAUGUCAAGCCAGCUCUCAAAUUGGAUAUCGUGAAGGCUCGUCGGCAAAACAAUUUUGAAGCUUUUGGUGGAGAUCCCACAACAGUACCACAUAGUCUCCCAAUCAACACUGAUGGGUACGACUUUUCCUAUUUCUCAACUAUGCACUUCGGUUCCAACCAACAACCCAUGUGGAUGCUAAUCGACACGGGCGCUUCUAAUACGUGGCUGGUCGGCUCCAACUGCAUUGCCGAUCCUUGCAAGAUACAUAAUUCCUUUGGUAGCGAGGAUUCGAAUACCCUAUCAAUCACAGAUAUCCCAUUUGAUGUCACUUAUGGUUCAGGUGACGUAUCUGGAAUCAUUGUUAAUGAUUCCGUCUCUUUCGCUGGAUUCAAUCUAACCAUGGGGUUCGGUUCUGCGCUGGAAAUGUCUGACCACUUUUCGAAUUAUCCCAUGGACGGCAUUUUGGGUUUAGGGCGUGCUGUUGAGAAGACAAUGAAGACACCAACGAUUAUGCAAGCGUUACGAAAGGCUGGGUUGCUGGAGAAGCAUAUAAUUGCAGUAAAUCUGCAGCGCCACAUGGAUGGGACCAAGGAUGGGCAAAUCGUAUUUGGCGAUAUCGAUAAGACUAAAUUUACCGGAGAAAUUUCGUACACACAAACCCUAGCGAACGUGGAUCAUUGGGAGAUUUUAUUGGAAGACCUUGUUAUUAAUGAUAUGCCGUUAAAACUCAAAAAUAAAAAGGGCAUAUUCGACACCGGCACUUCGUUCAUACUCGUGCCUUUUAAUGAUGCGCAACUUAUCCACAACGAAAUACCAGACUCCGUAAAGAGUUCUGACUCGGAGACCAACUUCGAUAUCCCCUGCUCGACAAAGGCAAAGAUCGAGCUUGCCAUUUCCGGUGUGAGAUAUACCAUAUCCCCUAAAGAUUACGUUGGCGACUCCAUCUCGAACAGCAUGUGCCGGUCGCGGAUCGUGGGCCAUCAGCCCUUUGAAGCUGACGAGUGGCUCCUUGGCGCUGCAUUUUUGAAAAACGUCUAUAUCGUGUUUGAUUUUGACGACAAUCGGAUUGGCCUUGCGAAGCGGAUAUCUGAUGGGAAUUCAACUCCGACAGUUCCCCCCGCCCGCUCCGGAUCCAUUUCUGCUCCUGCAGACUUGCGUCCGGUUGGUCCCAGUGGGAUCACCGGACUUGCAACACAACCUACGAAACCCACGGGUUCAGGUGGUGCAUUGCUACCCAUAUUUGAUGAGCCAUUCUGGGUUUCCUUUGCUCUUUCUCUGGCAAUGUGUUUAUUAUAA